CGUCAGAAAACGUCACUACCGCACCUGCGCAGCCAUCUUGUAUUUUGGGCGAAAAAAGAAAGGAGAAAGAGAAAAUAAUAUCCGAAUGAUAAACCUGACAGAAGAAAGGAAAUAGGACAGGACCUACCGAACGAAAACAAAACAAAGAUUAGACAGAACAACAGAAGAGCGAGCAGAAGAACGGACAUUCGACAAUCCGCUUUGAGCCCAGUUCUCAAGUCAUCUUUUGGUUCACAGCGGAGACCGAAAGAAAAAGAGGAGGAAGAACCGCCGUCAGAAAAACAGAUUCCGACCGUGUCAGACACACCAUGAAUCCCGAAUAUGACUACCUGUUCAAGCUCCUUCUGAUUGGUGAUUCUGGUGUUGGCAAAUCCUGCCUACUGUUACGAUUUGCUGAUGAUACUUACACAGAGAGUUACAUCAGUACCAUCGGGGUGGACUUCAAGAUCCGCACCAUCGAGCUGGAUGGGAAGACCAUCAAACUGCAGAUUUGGGAUACAGCGGGGCAAGAGCGCUUCCGCACCAUCACCUCCAGCUACUACAGAGGAGCCCACGGCAUCAUCGUGGUGUAUGAUGUCACAGACCAGGAGUCCUAUAACAACGUGAAGCAGUGGCUGCAGGAGAUCGACCGCUACGCCAGCGAGAACGUCAACAAGCUGCUGGUGGGGAACAAGUGUGACCUCACCACCAAGAAGGUGGUGGACUACACGACGGCCAAGGAGUUUGCAGACUCCCUGGCCAUCCCCUUCCUGGAGACCAGCGCCAAGAACGCCACCAACGUGGAGCAGGCCUUCAUGACCAUGGCGGCCGAGAUCAAGAAGCGCAUGGGCCCCGGGGCCACGGCCAGCGGGGACAAGCCCAACCUGAAGAUCGAGAGCACCCCAGUCCGGCAGGCCGGGGGCGGCUGCUGCUAGACAGGACUGUCAGACCCGGGCCCCGGCCCCCCAACCCCGCCUCCUCUACCCGACACCCUUCUCCGGGUCGGGCCGGGCUGGG